AUGGCUACUAAUCCAAGUAAAUUAGAUAUUUUCGAUUCUCAAAUCAGUUCCAAUGAUAGAACUGAAUAUCAACAACGAGUUGACCAAUUCAAUUCUACUUUGAAUGAAUAUUGGACAUUUGAAGUUGUUCCAAAUGUUUUUAAACAAUCAUUAUCCAAUACUGAUGAAACUACUUUUGAUUAUCUUAAAGAUAAUUUUGGGAUUUUAAAAGGUUGGGAUGAAAUCAUUGAUCAUUUAAAAGAAUUAAAUUCAAAAGCAUCAUCUCAUGAAACUUAUAAAUUAUUAUUUUUAUCAAGACACGGUCAAGGAUAUCAUAAUUUAGGUCAUUCCAAAUAUGGUAAUGAAGAUUGGGAUGACCAUUGGUCUAAAUUGAAUGGAGAUGGAGAAAUUGUUUGGGGUCCAGAUCCUUUAUUAACUGAAUUAGGUCAAAAUCAAGCUAAAGAAAAUAAUAAAUUUUGGAAAUCUCAAUUAAUAAAUAAUUCUAAAAAGGAUGAAAAUUUAAUUAAACCAACUAGAUUCUUUGCUAGUCCAUUAAGUAGAUCAAUUGAUACUUUGAUUGGUACAUGGGAUGAUAUUGUUAAAAUUGAAGAAAUCAAACCUUUAAUACAAGAAAAUUUAAGAGAAACCAUUGGUAUUCAUACUUGUGAUAAAAGAUCACCCAAAUCAAUCAUCAGUAAGAAAUAUGAACCAAAGGGGUUUAUCAUUGAACCUGGAUUUGAAGAAGAAGAUAUUUAUUUCAAGACUGAUUAUCGUGAAUCUGUGGCUGAACAUGCUUUAAGAAUUUAUAAACAAUUUCAAUAUUUAUUUAAUGAAGUGAAACAUGAUGAUAUCAUUAGUUUAACCACUCAUAGUGGAACUAUUAAAGCUCAAUUAAUGGCAUUAGGUCAUAGAUCGUUUGCAGUAGGUACAGGAGGAAUCGUCCCAGUUUUUGUCAAAGCAACCAAAAUUACUAACUGA